UUUGAUUCUCUUCCGGAUCAACCUUGUGAAGACGGAGUGCUGGGUCAAAUUGGUCGUGUGAGGAACAUAAUAAAUCUGCGAUCCACUAGUAUUUUAUUCAUCGCAUUAAUUCUGACAUCCACUUAAUCUGUUAAAUAAGUCAUCUGGUGACAGUUCGUCCUUUUCUUUCGCGAGAAAACUGGUAUUUUGGUGGACGCAUCGUCUCGCAGUGUGUGGAAUCCAUGGCGCGGGAGACAAUGUCACGUCCACAAACGAGAUCUCCUGUAUAUUCAAGAAUUCCAACCCUUCAUGGGAGGAGAGCAGAAAGCUUCUAUGAUGGCCAGAUACAUUCAUCAGUACAGUCCGAUGCAUGGAGAAACACAGAAUAUGGCAGCAAAGUAGAAAGUAAUACUCACUUGAACAAAGAUCCCUAUCAAGGAGAGCAACAUGUUGACCACUGGGCCAAAUUUAUUGAUGCGUUAGAGCAUGCUCAAAAAAAAGAAGCUUCACAUAUGUCCAGAUACCAGGUGCAGGGUGAUGAUGAAAGACCGCCCCAUUCUCCAAGAAGGCUGCCUAGGGAGAGGUUACCUUCUCCUGAUCAUGCACGUUUUGAUGUGGAAGAGCGUUACAGGAUGCCAUCGCCAGGCUGGAACAGGAAUGAAGGCCCUGAUGCAAAUAUGGGCAGGCAGGAGCAUAGCAUACAGAAUCACAGAGAAUCAAGAGAUAGGCCUUAUCCAAGACAUUCAGAAGGAAGAAGACAUGACAGGAUGGAAUAUGGAUUUCAUAAAGAAGAACAUGGUGAUAAAUAUCAUGAAAGAGGCUCCUUUUCAGAGAGGUCAUCAAAGUCAGAUUAUAUUGAGCAUCAUCCGUCUUCUAAAGGAUUUACAGAUUUCGGUCUGCAGGAUGAGUACAGCGAACAUCACAGGGGCUUUAGCCCUCAUCGUGCACCUUUCAUUGUGGAGCAUGAUCACGGAUUUUCAAAACAAGACUCGAGGAGCAGAGAUCCCCCAAGAACAAGAAGCCGUGCAAGGAGCCGAGAUCCACCUAGGAGAAGUGAGACCCCUAGAAACCGGGAACCUCAUCAAGAUAGAAGAGACCAAAGUCAUCAUACACAUCCCUUACAAGGUAGGCACAGCGGACCACCAAACUGUGACAUCCGAGAGAAUUUAAGGAAGCAAUACUCUUCUUAUGGGAAAGAAAGUCAAGUAAGAGAACGAUCAAGACAUAGGGAUCGACCUAGAAUGGAUACUCAUUCAAGAUACCCAGAAGGACAAAGGGAAUUGGAGUUGAACGAUAUGAAUGAAAUCGAAUUGAGAACAGAUAGGAAUAACAGAGAAAGAGACUCUGUCCAUGAAUGGGAGGAGGAGAGAUCUCCUCAAGGGAAUCAUGGAAUGUUGAUGAUGGGACAACAGGAGGUUCAUCAAAGACCUCACUAUCAAAGGAAUCUAAACACUAACACUGGUCCUGUGCCUCUAAUUGAUUUCAGUGAACAGGAGACCCUCAAGAUCAAGGUGGACAUGAGUCGCUCCGUUGGACAAAGCAGUCAUUUAGGAUAUUCUUCAGAUAGGCAGUUAUCACUGGACUUGGUCAGUGUGGGUCGACAGCGCCUUGACUUCCUGCCUUUGCUAGAGCAUUCUGGAACCCAUAGGGAACCGGCUGUACAUUCUGGGACAUUUGCCCAAGAGAUCAUCACUCUUGUGCAUCAAGUCAAAGAAAAUUACUUUAAGGGUGAAGGGAUCACACUUAAUGAUCGGUUUUCAAAUGAACAGUAUUACUCAAUUCAGGAUGAGUUUAAGGAAGAAGAGACGGGAAGUGUGGGACCAGUCCUGAAUAGACCACUUGGAAUGUCUUCAUCAGGGACUGAGAUCUUUUGCAAGAUAGGGCCAGAGCCGAUGCAAAGACAACAGCUUGUCCCUGACCCUGGUGACCUCAGGUAUGAUCUGGAGCGAAGAAGACAGCAGCGACUGGAAGGUGUGAAGAUCACCAUUGCUGGGGGCAACUUUACUCAAAUGGCACCUGAGAGUCAAGAGAGUGAGCCUCCCUACAUGAGUGAGGAUCCCGAGGAGUCGGAAGGGAAUUUUGGCUGGUCUGAACAGGCAUCUAAACGACCAAGGCAUUGGAAUGAUCCUCGUCAAAGAAUGACAGCACCCAACAGACAGAACUUGAAUCCGAGGGAGAAUUCUAAUCGCAACAGUAGACCACAUGGAAGGAGGACUUAAAACGGUGGUGGUACUUCAUGAAGAGAAAGAUGACAUUUCAAAUCUGAGGUCACUUACAGCAGUGUUGUUUUGCCAUUACUGUUUUGUUGGUGGUUACUGAAAUCAUCAUUCAUUGACUUUUUGUGCACCUUCACCGAGACAACACUACUGGUGCUUUUCGUAAUAUCUUUUUCAUCCAUUUUUGAUUCCCCCACUAACUUUUGUUUGAUUUAAGACAAGUUGUCAAUAUAGUAAACAUUGUUUAAUGUUUACUAUGUUACCGUUUACCUAACCCUAUGCUUUUAGGAUCGAAAAGAACAAAAUAGGAAAUGUUAUAGGGGAGGUCAUAGAGAUUAAUGAUUAACUCUUACUCCUGAAGACCUAAGCCUAAAGGCUCAACUUUACUUUGGUUUUCCACAUGCCGCUACAUAUCUGACGUAAAUUGCAUCAUCUGCACCGUCCACGCACUGUGUCCGUGUCUGUGCACGCACAUGAAGUUGACCAUACUAAAGAGUAUUGCAAAGCAGUCAUAGAGCGCAUGCUUUGAACGCAUCUAUAUAGGCUCGCUAUCAAGAAUAUACUAGAAUGCUCAACUGUGCAUGAGACGUAAUGGCACGUGGGCAAAAAGUUUACUGUAGCAUAAAUACUAGUCCUUUAACCUGCAGUCAACCUGGAACAUUGAUUUUGAUUUUACACUUGUUUGUCAAUUGAGCUACAGUUUAGAAACAGUUUAUGAUUUUUGAUAAUCAUAUAGAUUCAACUGUCACAGUUGAAGAACGAAUUGGCUGAAAUAUUUUCAGUGCUUGCCUUGUCCGGCUCUUACCUGAUAUUUAGAAAAAUAUUGUUUUUAUACUAAAAUGCACACCUUUUGUUGUUGUACCUACAUAUUACACAAGAUAAAUUCAUAUCCUGUGAAUUCCACAUUGUAAAGAAAUUAGAAUUUCUUUUGUAAAUAAAAUCUAUUUGUUCAAAAAUG